AAGACUAUAAUUCAUUAGUCUUUUUAGUUUUUCAUGAUUAUUACACACUCUCUGUCUUUGUCAUUUACACCACAUUGUAUCGUAAGGCCCUACAAUAUGUUUUCUCAAGUCCAAUCCCCUGUCAUCGACCAAGAUUUCCUCGCAAGUUUGAUUCAGAAAUAGGCACACACAUUCUCAGAAAAAGAAAUCUUUCUUUUUAAAAUUCCUUUUGAAGCCUCGGUUUUCAACAAAGUUACGAACCCUCAGUUUGGCAAUCUAAAGCAGUAGUAGAUAUAACAAUGUAAAAGGGCGCAGCUGAUGUUUCUCUCAAAAACUGUCUUUUCUCCUUGAAAAUCAAAAUGGUUUUUUUAGAAAGAACCUUGGAUGUGUCCGAUACACAUUAAAAGACUUUUAAUGGCAGGGAGUUGGUUAAGAUUGAGAUCAUUUCACAAAUAAUUUUGCGAUAUUUCUUUUCAUAUGCUUUACAACUAUGCGUGUCAAAUCACAAUUGCUUAUUUGAGCAAGAACCUUGUGAUUGCGUGCAGUACACAUCAUUUGAGUGGGAAGUUCUGUUGUGCGUGCCUAUUUUUCAUUCGCUUAUACCUGCGAUGUUUAUAUACAUUGACGUCACGCCAGAAUUUAGCGAAUCUUGUAUAAAAAAGGUAAAGCCUUUCAUUGCUUUUAUACGCUCAAGCAAGAUAUCAUAUCUGAAGUGUUGAUCGAAAAAAUAAACAUUAUUUACAAUGCUUACGGGUGGAAUGAGAGGUUUCAUAAGCAUCCUGUGUCCUUCUAUAACUUCCUGUUUGAUUUUUUCUUAUAGCAGUAAGUGUCAAUUCAGCUGCUUGGUUUUAAUAGAAAAAGUACCUAUGUUGGUAAGGGGGAGUGUGUAAAUAUCUUAAUCUAUUUUUCUAGUAUGGAACUGUUUGGCAAGUUGAUUGUUACAUGGAAACAAACAAAUUGAUCUGUGGAGAUAAAAUUGAAUAUCAUAAUUGUUCAAUUUCUUUGUAAUAAAGAGUCAUGUAAAAAGCAUUUUGAUGUCUGAAAUAUAUUCUGAUGAGCAUCCUGAAAAACAUUUUGAACCCCCGUUUUGCUGUCCUUAACAAAGCAGUAAGCAAAUAGCCAGGUAUUCGUGUAGGCAAAAAGGAGAAUCGAUUUGAGCGCUUAGUCAGAAAGGCAAACCUACAAGGGAAGUUGAUGUGUCUUUGAUUGGUUAUUUGUUGCGGAAUUCAAGGAGGAAUUUCUUCAAUUAGUAUUCUUGUUAUGAGGCCAACGAAGUAGCUGAUAAACUGUCGAAGGAACCGUUGUCAGAAUACUAGACGGUCGUUUUUUAAAACGAUUAUUUGGGAACCGGGUAUAUACAAAUGGUAUACUUAUCUUAUGCACAAUUUUUGCGACCGGCAUACUAACUGGCAAGACGUACUGAUUACAGAACAAGCAAAUGCUUUAUAAUGAACAAUUGUGGAAUGCAUUCACGGUAGAUGCACUGCCUCUUAAAGCUGGUAUUCAGAUGACGUCAAAAAUUGUCAAAAAAGCAAUGGUGUUUCGUUAAAUCAUUCAAUCGGCGAUUUACAUAGAUUUCCUAACAUUCUCAAAUUUUGUUGGCUCUUUAAUAAGCAACAAGGUGGGCAAAGAUUCACAGCAAAAGCGUAUUUUGCACCGGCGUAUUGCUCUUUAAUUAACGACAACAAGCUUUACGUUUUGCAAGAUCAGGAUCAGCUAUUUGUAUUUAUAGACCCAUUUAUCUAAGACCAUCCUGAUUAUUUCGAGAAAGGAAGUUGAAAUAACUCCAACUGCGGCAGAUUUCGACUCGCCGUAUACGCACAUGUCUAGAGUAGUUUUGCCUUAAAAUCAAGGGAAAAUUAAAAUCAAGCUAUGGAUGCAAUGAGCAUCAUUUCAACUCUAGAUUGUGUCAUCAUCUCGGUAUCAGCUGUCACUUCCAUUCUUGUUAUAACUGCGUUCAUUUUUGACAAAGAACUUCACUACUUGCCCUCGAAUAAGUUCCUAAUAAGUUAUGUCGUUACGAAUUUUCUCGUUUCUUCUGCUGGUAUUCCUUUAUCGCUGUUUUCCAGCUACAGUGAUUACGAAAAAAGGCCCGAAAAGUUUCUGCUUAGUUCGUCCUACUUCGUUUUUGCCGUAGUGGCGUAUAUGGUAAGCCUCAGUGUCAUCACACUCGAUCGUUACCUUGCUAUCAUGUAUCCACUUGAAUACUCCGUGCGAAUGACUCGCAAGAAAGCAAACAAGGUAGUAUUUGGAUUUGGGUUAGGCAUCGCCCUUUUUGGCAUCGUCACAAUACUCAUCGCUACAUUCGCACAUGCUGAAAAGGAAAAUGUUUCUACUGCCAUGAUAACAGUUAUGCAUAUUUCGGCUUUUACGGGAUUUAUGUCACUGAUUUUCGUCAAUUCGAUUGUGAUGCGAGAGGUUCGUCGUCAGACUCGCAUACUACACUCUCUUACAAUCGAAGAAUCAGGCGAAUCACGUCGUAUUUUGAAGAAUCGAGAAACUCGUACCGCGUACCUCUGUUUUGCAAUGAUAUUUACGUUUAUCUGUUCCUGGCUACCAAAUGCUAUUUUGGCAGUUAUUCGCCUAAUUCGCGGCAAAAACUUAAAGGAAGAGCUUUUCCUUCGAAUAGGCACGACUGUUUUCUUUACAGGUUUGACAAUCAAUCUUUUCCUCUAUAUUUUCUGGAAGACUGACUUCAGAAGUUCGUUGAAAGCUCGCCUUUCGAAACUAUGCUGCUGGAAAGUGCGAGGAAACAGAAUCAGUUCGGCGUUUUCGACGUCGGAUACUGGGCUUCACCGACGAGGAAUUGUAUCGAAAUGAGUGUCUUCUGUGGUAUCACUGCAAGUAUUCGUCCAUUGAUCUCGAUUUAUUGGUGGCUCUCGUGGAGACGAGAAAAAGAAAGUCCAGGAGCAAACACAGUGAUAAUUGCGCUCACCGGACACGCCCUUAAACUGCUAUGUUAGUGUUAGUCCAUAUAGAUUGCAGUCAG